GCCUGCGAUACAUCUGCUACUACUCUCACCUCCAGCUUCAGACAACACGUCGCCGCUCAACACCAUUUAACAUCAUCCCCUUGUCACGAAUUCAUCGUUCUCCAUCUCUUCCUCUUCCUGUUCUAUUUUUCAAGAAGAGGCUGGAGACGUUCAUUCUCGUAUCAGUCUUAACUCAACUUCUCCAUUCCUCUGUUCUUCGCUGCGGCUAGAUCCGAACAGCUCUCUCAACAUGUCGGGCGAACCUGAUCACGCUGAGACCAAGGCCAAGGUCCAUCUCAAUGAUGUUUCUGGCGCUGAGAAGAAGGAUGUCGAUGAGACAUCUACUGCUAUCCUCCGCAAGAAGAAGAAGCCUAACUCGUUGAUUGUGACCGAUGCCGUCAACGAUGAUAACUCGAUUAUCGCCCUUUCCAACAACACUAUGGAGACUCUCCAACUCUUCCGCGGUGACACAGUUCUUGUCAAGGGCAAGAAGCGAAAGGACACUGUCUUGAUUGUUCUGGCCGAUGACGAUCUCGAUGACGGUAGCGCCCGCAUCAACCGUGUUGUCAGACAUAACCUCCGUGUGAAGCAUGGCGAUAUAAUCACUGUUCACCCUUGCCCCGAUAUCAAAUACGCAAAACGUAUUGCUGUCCUUCCCAUUGCCGACACCGUUGAGGGUCUCACUGGCUCUCUUUUCGAUGUCUUCCUCGCUCCAUACUUCCGUGAGGCCUACAGGCCGGUGCGCCAGGGCGAUCUUUUCACUGUCCGUGCUUCAAUGAGGCAAGUAGAAUUCAAAGUUGUGGAGGUCGACCCUCCGGAAUAUGGUAUCGUCGCUCAGGAUACUGUCAUUCACUGCGAGGGCGAGCCGAUUCAGCGAGAGGAUGAGGAGGCCAAUCUUAGUGAGGUCGGAUACGACGACAUUGGUGGUUGCCGCAAACAGAUGGCUCAGGUGCGAGAACUCGUUGAGCUGCCCCUCCGGCAUCCUCAGCUCUUCAAGUCCAUCGGUAUCAAACCUCCUCGGGGUAUCCUCAUGUUCGGUCCCCCUGGUACUGGUAAGACUCUGAUGGCUCGUGCUGUUGCCAACGAGACCGGCGCCUUUUUCUUCCUCAUCAACGGUCCGGAGAUUAUGUCAAAGAUGGCCGGUGAGUCGGAGUCGAACCUCCGGAAGGCAUUCGAGGAGGCGGAGAAGAACUCCCCUGCCAUCAUCUUCAUUGAUGAGAUCGACGCCAUCGCACCCAAGCGUGAGAAGACUAACGGCGAAGUCGAGCGCCGUGUGGUUUCUCAGCUGUUGACCCUCAUGGACGGCAUGAAGGCCCGCUCGAACAUUGUCGUCAUGGCCGCCACCAACCGUCCCAACUCGAUUGAUCCCGCCCUUCGCCGGUACGGACGUUUCGACCGUGAGGUUGACAUUGGUAUCCCUGACCCAACUGGCCGUCUCGAGAUUCUUCAGAUUCAUACCAAGAACAUGAAGCUCGCAGAGGAUGUUGACCUUGAGUCUAUUGCUGCCGAGACUCACGGUUACGUCGGUUCGGAUGUUGCUUCCUUGUGCUCUGAGGCUGCCAUGCAGCAGAUUCGUGAGAAGAUGGACCUCAUCGAUCUGGAUGAAGACACAAUUGAUGCGGAGGUCUUGGACUCUCUGGGUGUUACCAUGGAGAACUUCCGCUUCGCCCUCGGUGUUUCCAACCCCUCUGCUCUCCGCGAGGUUGCCGUCGUCGAAGUCCCCAACGUUCGCUGGGACGACAUUGGUGGUCUCGAGGGCGUCAAGAGGGAGCUCAUCGAGAGCGUUCAAUACCCUGUCGACCACCCGGAGAAGUUUGCCAAGUUUGGCCUUUCCCCCUCAAGGGGUGUGCUCUUCUAUGGCCCCCCCGGUACUGGUAAGACCAUGCUUGCCAAGGCCGUUGCCAACGAGUGUGCGGCAAACUUCAUCUCCGUUAAGGGUCCCGAGCUUCUCAGCAUGUGGUUCGGUGAGUCCGAGAGCAACAUCCGUGAUAUCUUCGACAAGGCUCGAGCUGCUGCUCCUUGUGUUGUCUUCCUUGAUGAGUUGGACUCCAUUGCGAAAUCCCGUGGUGGAUCCGUUGGCGAUGCGGGCGGUGCUUCUGACCGUGUCGUAAACCAGCUUCUGACCGAAAUGGACGGCAUGACCUCCAAGAAGAACGUCUUCGUCAUUGGUGCUACCAACCGUCCUGAGCAGCUCGACAAUGCUCUUUGCCGUCCCGGCCGUCUCGAUACACUCGUCUACGUUCCCCUGCCCGAUGAGGAGUCCCGUCUGGGUAUCCUCAAGGCUCAGCUCCGCAAGACGCCUGUUGCAGGUGACAUUGACCUUCGGUACAUUGCCAGCAAGACGCACGGAUUCUCUGGUGCCGACUUGGGUUUCAUCACCCAACGGGCGGUCAAGCUCGCUAUCAAGCAAUCCAUUGCCCUCGACAUUGAGCGCACAAAAGAGCGCGAGGCCAAGGGCGAGGACGCAAUGGAUGAGGAUGAUGCCGAAGACCCUGUGCCUGAGCUGACCAAGGCCCACUUUGAAGAGGCCAUGCAGUCGGCGCGGCGGUCUGUCAGCGACGUCGAGAUUCGACGGUACGAGGCUUUUGCCCAAGCCAUGAAGAAUUCCAGUGGUAGCAAUUUCUUCCGCUUCCCUGACGCAGACCAGGCUGCCGCUGGUGUCGAGAACGGCGCUGGCUUUGGCGAUGCAGGCAAUGACGACAGCUUGUACGACUAAAUGUCUGUUGAUGGGAUUCUCUUGUGGCUGUUAGUUGAUAAAUAAUUUACGACGAAGGAAUCUGAUGGCGUCAGAAGCGUUGUCAUUUGGGUUCGAGUUCCAUGCUUUUUUUUAUUUUCUCUUUUUUCUCUUUUGUGUUGUUCCACCCCUAACUGCUCAGGGUUCGUUAGAUACUCGAACCAUUUGAAUGCUUUGACAGAAAGAUGGUAGCUUAGGGUAUAUUUUAUGCAUAAUAGAUUAUGUAUCAUCAAAACUUUGGUGCACGUUUUCUUUGGUGAUGAGUUGUGUACGAUUAUGAGUGAUAAUCAGGAGUGUUGUCAGCUUGUAAUCGCAAUCUGGAAAGAAUCCGCUUCGUUAUACAUUGAAUGCUAUUACUAUUCGAAAUACAAUACGAAUUGCAGAAAGUUGGGACUUGUGAAGAACUAAUUUAUGAAAAAAAAAGGGGGGAUCC